AUGGACAAAAAGUACGCUGCUGCCCGUUUGUUGCCGCCGAUCGACGCCUCCUAUCAGCCAGCGAGGUCCGUUACCAAAAUUCCAGCAACCUCCUCUCUGGAAGAGAUUCUAGAGGUUCUCGAGCGCGAUGGCGGGGUUAUUUUAACGGAUUUUGUGCAAAAAGAGACUAUGGACAAGAUCGAUGAAGAACUGGAACCAUACACGAAAACUAUCCCUGACAGUGAUUCAUACGACGAUUUCAUCGGAAAAAAGACUCUGGUCAUCGCUGGCUUGAUUUCAAAGUCCGACACCUUGGCCAACAUCCUCGAUACCAAUGAGACAAUCGACAAACUCCUCAAAAUAAUUCUGGAGGAAAGAUAUCCAGCUGUCUUUGAAGGGCAUACUGAAGAACUUGUCAUUGACCCGUUGCUGAGUAUUUCCAUGGCUUUCCACGUUGGCCAUGGCUCUCCUCGUCAGGCGCUACACAGGGACGACAUGGUUUUCUCUAGCAAACACCAUCCGAACAUGAAGAUUAAUGAAGUAGACGGUUUCAGCUGCUUCAUUGCGGGUAGUAACGUUACCCGCGAGAAUGGAGGCACUAUGGUCAUCCUUGGCUCUCAUAAAUGGGAGCAUGACAGACGUGGCAAGCCUGACGAAGUUUCUUUCUUGGAAAUGGAGAGAGGAUCGGCGUUCAUUUUCCUUAGCACCAUGGCUCAUGGAGCUGGAUACAACACGAUUCCGGGGGAGAUUCGUAAGAUUAUGAAUCUUGUCUUCUGCCGAGGGACUCUCCGUCAAGAGGAGAACCAGUUUUUGUGCAAUCCUCGAAGCAAAGUCCUGAAGAUGAGCCCAAAGAUGCAAACUCUACUUGGGUUCAAGAAGCCAGCGGGAACUUGGCUAGGAAUGGUUGAUAAUGAUGACCCCGCGAAGGACCUUCCUGCUAUUUACGAGAAGAUAAUGCAAUAG